UCGACUCUUUUCUCCUCGUCGUCACUCAGUCCGUCUCCAAUCUCGUCUCUCGUCUCCUCCCUUGUCCUCGUCGGACACUAGGACUGCUCCAUCAAGGACCACAUCGGUAAGGUUGUUCAAAAUGGUUGAAACUCUUUUCGAAGAUAUAUUUACAGUCACUCAGAAAGAUCCUGACGGAAAAAAAUUUGAUCGAGUUAAUCGCAUUGAAGCACGGAGUGAGCAGUUUGAUAUGUUCAUGCUACUGGAUAUAAACACUGAAAUAUAUCCCAUGCGCGUGAAGGAGAAAUUUAUGAUGGUUCUAGCAUCUACUUUGAACUUGGAUGGGACUCCAGAUACUGGUUAUUUUAUUCAGGGUAACAAGAAAUCGCUUGCUGACAAGUUCGAAUAUGUCAUGCAUGGGAAGCUAUAUAGGAUCUCAGAAGAAGGUUCGGGGAAGCACGUUAAAGCAGACAUUUUUGUUUCAUUUGGAGGACUUCUGAUGCAGCUGAGAGGAGAUCCAUCCAUUGCAGCUAAGUUUGAGCUUGAUCAGAAGAUUUUCCUUCUCAUAAGGAAGGUUUGAUGUAAAAAUUUUUUGUUAACAACUCAAUUUGAACUUAAAAGGUGACGGACUAUUUGUGAGCGCCUAAGCUACUGGCACGUGAUAAAUCGCGUGGUGGUUUCUGUUUCUCAAGGAUACAAAAGAAUGCAACUGAGAUAUAUAAUAACGGAGACCAUGGAACGAAAGCUUUAUAUA